AUGCCGCGCCCUGCGAAGAAGGAUAAGGCCGCCGCCGUCCCGUUGCCCGUGAUGCCCGCCGUGACUUCGCGAGCAGUUGAAGUCGAAAACUUCAUCCGUGUUCGAGAUUCGACUCUUGGCCGCCUUAAGACCAUCCAGCAACUCAUUAAGUCCUUUGCUGAUGACUAUCUGCGCCAAACCAAUCUCCUUCUCGGACUUCCCACCACGGCUGAGGACCUCAGCUACAAUGAGCCUCUCGCCAACCUGGAAGCUUCCCUCGCUGCGCUUGGCAGUAUCCCCGCGCCUCAGCCCAUCGCCCCUCCCCAAGAGGAGCAGAAGAAGGAGCGCAAGAAGCGUACUCUUGACCCCAACGCCCCCAAGCGCCCUCUGACCCCCUACUUCCUCUACAUGCAGACCGCUCGCCCCAUCAUUGCUGCCGAUCUUGGCAGCGGUGCUCCCAAGCGCGCCGUGCAGGAGGAGGGUCAACGCCGCUGGGCCACCAUGGGUGGUGCUGAGAAGCAAGGCUGGAACCAGGCCUACCAGUACAACCUCCGACUCUACAAUGCUCGUGUUCACUCGUACAAGAAUGGCAACCCCGAGGCCAAGAGCAUGGAUGACAACGAGGCUCUGAAGUACGCCGAGGAGUUCAACAUCCCCCUCCCUAGCAAUGAGGACCAGGCCGCCAAUGAGCAAGAUGCUAUCGCCGAGCAGCUGAAGGGUACCUCCGCCGAUGCCCAUGGUGAGGUUGAGGAGACCCCUCCGGCCAAGUCGGCGAAGAAGUCUGGCCCUGGCCGCAAGCGCAAGACCGCCGAGGCUCCGGAGGAGGUCGAGGCCACUCCCAGGGUGCCCGCCACUCCCGCGAGCCCUGCUCAGAAGCGGCGGAGGACUUCGACUAAGCCCGCCGAAGAGGAGCCGAAGAAGUCCGGUCGUAAGAAGGCGGGCAAGAAUGCCUAA